UGGAGCUGGGGUACAAACCUUGGCUGCCUGCCAGCCCAGCGCCCAGAAGGCGGCUCCGUGCAGCAGGCCGGGCAGGGGCAGGGGGCGGAGGCGCCCGGGCCGGGCACUCCCUAGAUUUGCAGAUGUUACAAGUUUUUUUUUCACAUUUCCGCAGUGUCACGAUUUCCGUUUCCCUCCUUAAAAAAAAAAAAAAAAAUCCAAGUCCCCGGGCGCUCAGCAGCAGCCCGAGCCGCCCAGGCGAGCCCCGCUCCGCUCCCGGCCAUGGACCUGCCCGCUUCGGAAGAUCCCGAUGCCCAAGCGCCUCCGCCUGGCCUCCGCACGCUCCUGCCCUCCAGGGAGUUCCUCUGCUCCCGCAAAGGGCAGCUCCUGCUGGCCGAGUCGGUGCUGUCAUUUAUCACCUUUAUCUGUUACAUUGCAUCUUCAGCUGCAUCUUUCAUGAUGGCACCACUCAUAGAAUUUCUGCUGGCACUGUUUCUUUUCUUUGCAUACUCCUCUAAGCUUAAUGAGAAGUUUAAAGGAAUCUACUGGCCUUUGUCGGAUUUCUUGCGCUGUGUCACUGCCGCCAUUAUAUAUUUUGCCAUCUCAAUCGCUGCAGUCUCAAAAUAUUCUGAUGGAGCAUCCAAAGCAGCUGGAGUAUUUGGCUUUAUAGCCACAAUAGUGUUUGCUGUUGAUUUCUACAUUACCUUUAAUGACCUGGUCACGUUUCUCAAACAAGGCGGUUCCGAAAAUGCCACUGAAGCACAAAAGUCAGAAGAUGAGGCCUCUGAUUCGGAUUCGGACUGAAGAACAGCGCACCUACGGAUUGUGAAGUCAAAGGGAAGAGAUGACCUAGUUCUUUCCUAUUUGCUAAAUGCACUGCCAGUUGAAAUGUUUCCCUUUCUUGUUUUGGUCUCAGUCACCAGUACGUUCUCUCUCUUUUUCCAUCACUGUUUACAGAGUUACAAAACCAGUGACACAGUGAUGUGGGGGAAAGAAUAUUUCAGUGUCACCGAACAUUUCUUUGGAAACUGGCCAUUUUGUAGGUGUGCAAUCUUGUACCUAGAUAUUAUCUUUUAAUACGCGUUAUUUCAAACUUUACACUAGAUUUCUGAGUCUGAGCUUUCUUACUACUUUUUCCCUCCCCAGAUUAAGACUCCAAUAGUAUUCCUUUAGAUAAAGUCUCACUACCUCUAUCUCAAGCAUUUGAAGGCACAAGUUAUAUUGGACGUGUAGGUUUCAGAAGGCAUUUAACUAUAUGUCUGCUGUCUGUGUGUGACCAUGAAAAUGGCAGCCGGACAUCUGCAACAUGAGCAAAUCUGAAAAUGCCUCAGGUUAGCUGGUUUAGUGGACAUUCAAUUUUCUGUCAUUUUGUAAGAUUUUCUGAGGAGAAAUCACCCUCUUUCUAAUCUGCUUCUGUGGGGGCACAUCACGCCCUUCAAAUUUUAUGGCGAAAACAAGUCUGAGCACGAGACAUUGUUUUAACCUUCCCUUCCUACCACCAGGGCAGAAGCCUCUACGUGCAGUCUGCACAUUUAGCUCCAGUUUCAGGGGGCAUGGCCAGAUGGGCCUGGCUCAGAGCCAUCCACAUGACAUCUCCUACCACAUCAAGCCUGUAAGGAUUUCUGCACGAGAGACCACUGCACCAUUUCUUGCUCUAUGCUUUUAACAUCAGUCCUCCAGUCAAUAGUGUUUACCCCAGGUAGGAAACCACAGGGCUUACAGCUCCUGAUAAAGCCAGGCUGCCACAGAGAAUGGAGGAAACAACCUUAUCUAUGCUUUUGUGGUACAGAAGGGCCAUACCACUGUGGAGAUGCAAACCCAGCCUCCUGACAGAAAUCUCAGUGCAGCAAGUUGCACUUUCCCAGCCCUCUCUGGUUUUUCUGAGAAGGCAGAUUUGUCCCUUCGUGUGGAGUUUCUAGGAAAAACUCCUGCAUUUCAAAGGGUUCUCUUUAGAGAGAGGGUAACAUAACCUGUCUGCAGUAGUCGCACCUUCUGACAAUGUCUAUAUACAUCCCAAACAAUAACUUAGUUAAAAGAAUGGCAAACUCCAUGUAUGGCAUUUGAUAUGCUUGUUUCAAAGAAACUCAUAUGUUAACAAGUAUUUCAUAUAGUCACAGGACUGGUGGCUUUUCUUCUUUUCUCUCUCUCUCUUUUUUUUUUUUUUUUUUUUUUUUUAAAAGACCUCAUGACAUAGCAGAUGGUACCAAUAGAGUAAAUGAAAACAGAGCUAAAACAAUAAAAGCAGUUUUCGCUGGGAAUAAACAUAUCCCACUGGUAUUUCAAUGACCUGCUAGCAGCUGGCUGUUAGCCGUCCAGAAGCAAGGUACCGAUUAGCAGCGUAGAGGUGUUUCAGACAGAAUGGUCUGGCUUAAUAAGAGGAUAUCUGAAAGACAACCUUCCCAUUCUCCACAAUCCCCAUUUCCAGACCACUGAAGGAGUAACAACAAUGAAUGUGAGAAGUAAUCAGCACUUAUCUCAGGAAAGAGCCCUUUGGACUUUUUCCAGUGUGGAAUUCUGCAUUUCCGUCAUGCUUCUCUUUUACUGUAAUACGUUUACUGGCGUUUACUGUGAUGUUAGGUGACCUGUGGUAAUUUUUACACUUUUUGUAAUUUUAAAUUCUUUGUUACAAUUUUUUUAAAAAUGUACUGCAUGUGAAACCCUGGAAACUAGCCCAAGAUUAACAUUUAUAAAUGACCCUGGAUUAUACCCUCUUUAACAGAA